AUGGGUUCAGCAGUAUCCCACCCUUCUACUCCCUCCCCUCCCGCCAAUGACCUCAUUGUGGUAGGAAGCGGAGCAAGUGGAGUGGCAAUUCUUCUUCAGUUGAUCGAGCGAGUCAAGAACGGGAAAGCCCUUGGAGAAGUAAUCUUCGUGGAAAAGAAUGGCCUCCCCGGACCGGGUCUCCCAUACUCAUCGCAAUGUGAGGGGACCAUCCUCAACAUGCACACCGACACGAUGGGAUUAUAUCACGACAAACCCCUCCAUUUCAGUCAAUGGCGCACAGACCAAGAAAGUGGGCCCUUCCCGUCUCGGGCGAGAUAUGGCCAAUAUCUCCAGGAAACGUGGGGGCAGGCGUUGGAGGAAGCUCAACAUAUCGGACUCGGGGUUUCCGUGAUUCAAGACGAGGCACACGACAUUGAUCGACAGGCUGACGGUACAAUGACUUUGAGUCUUCGGAAUGGCACGCAAUUGACAGCGAAGUCUGUCGUCUUGGCGCUGGGGAACUUUACCUCGGUGUGCAAUACUCAUCUUAUCAAUUUACCCGGGUUCUUCCCCGGUCCGUGGCCGACAUCGCAGCUCAAGACGAUCCCGACUGAUGCUUCUGUUCUUGUUGUCGGUUCACGAUUGUCAGCUGUGGAUGCGGCUAUUUUCCUCUCGGAACAUGGCCAUCAGGGGCCCAUUACCUUUAUGUCGCGUAGCGGCAGUUUGCCCAAGGUUCAGGGAGACACGACGCCGUUUUCCCGACGCUAUGUCUUGCAUGAUCUUGCAAAGCAUAUCGAAGAGAAUUCUGAUGAGAACUUGCUGCAAGUAACGAGCAGCUUGAUGGAGGAGAUCUUCCACGCUACCAACGGCGACUGGGGCUGGCUCCACAAUGAUGAAUCUCCUGUGAAACAGCUGGAACACGACAUCCAAGCUGCAAAGACCGGCAAGGUUGAAUGGCAGAAAGUGCUGCGAGGCACAGCGCCUGUUAUCGAGCGCUACUGGAACGGCCUACCUGCGAAAAGCCAGCAGCUUUUUAUGGACAAGUUUUUCAGUCCCUGGAUGAGGUACCGCCACGGAAUGCCGAUACAAAAUGCCGAGAAAAUACUCGGUCUUUUGAGGAAAGGACAGCUACAGGUAGUCCAAGGUGACAGAGUACAAUGGGACGGUAUCUAUAAAGCACAGACUUCCACUGGGCUUCUAGAAGCUCCCUAUGUGAUUGAAGCGACCGGACAGGAAUGCCAGCUCGACCGUAUUGAAUCACCACUGAUUCAGUCCGCAGUGGAGAAGGGGCUCCUCAAACCUCACCCUGCCGGCGGCGUAGCCGUCGACUUUGACAGCCUGCGUGCAUCAGAGGGCUUACAUGUCAUCGGGUCUCUUACCAGAGGUACCCAUUUCUACGUGAGUGCCAUCGACCGCGUCGCUGCCCACGCGGCCCGGAUCGCAGAUGCCAUAACGGACGAGCCCACCGCACGUCCCCUACACAUUGCAAUCUUCCUAGGAAGCGACCUCUUCUCGCACCUCAUGGCCAGUACACUAGUACCCCAGCUCCUAGCCGCCGGUCACACGCCCUUCAUCUUCCUCCCGGUACACAAAGCAAACCGCAAGACCACUCCGCCCUUCGAGCUCCGGGAACUGACAUUCUUUGAGCGAGAGCUCUUGCAAAAACACGUCAUCCCGUACUUCAAGAAUGAGAAACCUAACGGUGCACCACACAUGACAAUCGAGCAGAUGAAAGACGCUUAUGGGAUCCUCGUGCAGGAAGUCCCCAACGUCAAUAGUGCGUCUUUUAUCAAUACUCUUCGAAAACACCAUAUCGACGUGGGGCUCUCGUUGCGCUGCUACCAGAGGUUCAAGACAGAUAUCAUCCGCUACUUCGCCCGGCCCAAAAGACUGCUCAACCUACACCCGGGCGUUCUUCCCACUUACCGGGGAGUCAUGACUACUGUCCGAGCUAUGAAGAACAGAGAGAAAUUCUUCGGGUACUCCCUCCAUGACAUCGACGAGGACUGGGACGCAGGUGAUCUCAUUGACGUUCGUCACCAUCCUAUUGACUACUCCAAGUCGAUGUUGCAUUUCAUGAACGAUGUUUAUAAAAUGGGGGCAAAGAUGGCAGUUGAUGUGUGUGAUAAUAUCGCCCGAGGAAAGGAGCUAUCCAAUGUUCCGCAGAAGGCCGAGGAGAGUAACUAUUAUACUUUCCCGACAAAAGAGGAUCUGGAGGGCUAUCGUAAAGACGGAAUUCGACUAGUUGACGCUGAGAGUAUUGUCAAUGUUAUCGUGGAGUCGUUUGCACCACUAGAGAAGCAGGAGAAGUUCCGGGCGCACAUUGAUGAGAUCGUUCAGGAGUGGUAUGAUAAGAAUAGGCCGUGA